CUGAGCGGCGGCGGCAGCAGCAGCGGCGGCAGUAGCAGCAGCAGCAGCCUGGGCGGCGGGUUUGGCGCUGCAGCGCUGGCGGCAGGUUCGCGGCUGGGGUGGGCGCCGCGGACCCGGACAAGAGGACGAGCACCUGGAGCCCGGCUGCAGCUCACGACUUUGCGACCCAGCGGCGGCGUUGCUGCUGCGGGGCUCGGGCGCGCGGCCCGGCGGGACCGAGGACGGCGGGACGGCAGGGCGCGGGCGCCGCGGGCCGGGACGCGCCAGAUGAUGGAUUUGGACGUGCUUCUAUGAAGAAAUGCCACGUGUCUCUACUGGUCCAAGAACGAACAUGCCCAGACUACUGCCACCUUAGGGGACUAGGGCUUGAUGACAGCUCUUCCCGGGGAAUCAGGCGUGGUCUGACCCAGGAACAGGAAGCACAUCAUCACCAAUGACAUCAUGACAGCAAGAGAGCACAGCCCUCGCCAUGGCACCAGGGCCCGUGCGAUGCAGCGGGCUUCUACCGUCGAUGUGGCAGCCGACAUGCUUGGCCUCUCUCUGGCAGGAAGUAUACAGGAUCCAGACGAGCCCAUUUUAGAAUUCAGCUUAGCUUGCAGUGAGCUGCAUACGCCGUCGCUAGAUCGAAAACCAAAUAGCUUUGUAGCAGUGAGUGUGACCACCCCACCCCAGGCGUUCUGGACGAAACACGCGCAGACGGAGAUCAUUGAGGGAACCAACGAUCCUAUAUUUCUAAGCAGUAUUGCCUUCUUUCAAGACUCUCUCAUCAAUCAGAUGACACAGAUCAAGCUCUCCGUGUAUGAUGUCAAGGAUAGAUCUCAGGGAACAAUGUACUUGCUGGGCUCUGGAACAUUUGUCGUCAAAGAUCUGCUCCAGGACAGGCGUCAUAGGUUGUAUUUAACACUAAGGUCUGCGGAGAGCGACCGCGUGGGCAACAUCACCGUGAUGGGCUGGCAGAUGGAGGAGAAGUCAGACCAGCGGCCCCCCGUGACCCGGUCUCUGGACACCGUCAACGGGAGGAUGGUUCUGCCUGUUGACGAGAGCUUGACCGAGGCCUUGGGAAUCCGAUCCAAAUACGCUUCGUUGCGAAAAGACACUUUACUGAAAUCGGUGUUCGGCGGUGCCGUCUGCCGCAUGUACCGGUUCCCGACCACCGAGGGCAACCACCUGCGGAUCCUGGAGCAGAUGGCAGAGAGCGUGCUGUCCCUGCAUGUGCCCCGGCAGUUCGUGAAGCUCCUGCUGGAGGAGGACGCGGCCAGAGUGUGUGAACUGGAGGAGCUGGGGGAACUGUCCCCUUGCUGGGAGAGCCUCCGGCGCCAGAUCGUCACUCAGUACCAGACCAUCAUCCUCACGUACCAGGAGAACCUGACCGACCUCCAUCAGUACAAAGGUCCCUCGUUCAAGGCAAGCAGUUUGAAAGCAGAUAAAAAGUUAGAGUUUGUUCCCACAAACUUACACAUACAGAGGAUGAGAGUUCAGGACGAUGGAGGAUCAGAUCAGAACUACGACAUUGUCACCAUCGGAGCGCCAGCAGCACACUGCCAAGGCUUUAAGUCAGGAGGUCUCCGCAAAAAGCUGCACAAAUUUGAAGAGACCAAGAAACACAGUUUUGAGGAGUGUUGUACGUCGUCCAGCUGCCAGUCCAUCAUCUACAUACCACAGGACAUUGUCAGAGCCAAGGAGAUCAUUGCCCAGAUCAACACCCUGAAAACCCAAGUGAGUUACUACGCAGAGAGGCUCUCGAGGGCGGCCAAGGACAGGUCUGCCACCGGCCUCGAAAGAACACUCGCCAUCUUAGCAGACAAGACCCGGCAGCUGGUCACCGUGUGCGACUGCAAGCUGCUGGCCACCUCCAUCCACGGGCUGAACGCAGCCCGGCCCGACUACAUCGCCUCCAAGGCCUCGCCCACCUCCACUGAGGAGGAGCAGGUGAUGCUGAGGAACGACCAGGACACCCUCAUGGCCAGGUGGUCGGGCAGGAACAGCCGGUCUUCCCUGCAGGUGGACUGGCACGAGGAGGAGUGGGAGAAGGUGUGGCUGAACGUGGACAAGAGCCUGGAGUGCAUCAUACAGCGGGCAGACAAGCUGCUGCAGCGGGAGCGCCUGCAGGCCGAGGGCUGCGACCACAGCCUCCCCGGCACCGGCAGCUGCGCAGGAAGGAAAGGUAACCGGGGCAGCCAGGCCUACUGGAUCCGACCGGAGGACCCCCUCUGCGACGGGCCCCCCUCGCCACGCCCCCCCGCCGCAUGCCGCCCUCACCCGACCACACAUUGCAGUCCCCCUCCUGAAGAGUCCAGCCCAGGUGAGUGGAGCGAGGCCCUGUACCCCCUGCUGACCACCCUCACGGACUGCGUGGCCAUGAUGAGCGACAAGGCCAAGAAGGCGAUGGUCUUCCUGCUCAUGCAGGACAGCGCGCCCACCAUCGCCACCUUCCUGAGCCUGCAGUACCGCCGCGACGUGGUCUUCUGCCAGACGCUGACGGCGCUCAUCUGUGGCUUCGUCAUCAAGCUGAGGAACUGCCUGCACGACGACGGCUUCUUGCGGCAGCUCUACACCAUCGGGCUGCUCGCCCAGUUUGAGAGCCUGCUGAGCACCUACGGGGAGGAGCUGGCCAUGCUGGAGGACAUGAGUCUUGGGAUCAUGGACUUGAGGAAUGUGACCUUCAAAGUCACUCAGGCUACUUCUAAUGCAUCAACCGACAUGCUGCCCGUCAUCACAGGAAAUCGGGAUGGCUUUAACGUGCGGAUCCCCCUGCCGGGCCCCCUGUUUGACGCGCUGCCCCGGGAGAUCCAGAGCGGGAUGCUGCUGCGGGUGCAGCCCGUGCUCUUCAACGUGGGCAUCAACGAGCAGCAGACGCUGGCCGAAAGGUUUGGCGACACGUCUUUACAAGAAGUUAUCAACGUGGAGAGCUUGGUGCGGUUAAAUUCCUACUUCGAGCAGUUUAAGGAGGUUUUGCCAGAGGAUUGCCUACCUCGAUCUCGGAGCCAGACGUGCCUGCCGGAGCUGCUGCGGUUCCUGGGUCAGAACGUGCACGCCAGGAAGAACAAGAACGUUGACAUUCUCUGGCAAGCUGCUGAGAUCUGCCGCCGCCUCAAUGGGGUGCGGUUCACCAGCUGCAAGAGCGCCAAGGACCGCACGGCCAUGUCGGUGACACUGGAGCAGUGCCUGAUCCUGCAGCACGAGCACGGCAUGGCCCCGCAGGUCUUCACGCAGGCCCUGGAGUGCAUGCGCAGCAUUGGAACACGGGAGGUAGUCACCCAGAAGAACUUGAGCGGCCUGGUGCCCAUCCGAGACUUAAGACUAGACCCCAGCCUCCUCUGUUCCGUCCCUUUACUAGCUCUGAGCCCCAAUUUACUGAUUGCGUGGCUCUUCCUGAGCGUAGCAUACCUGGUGGCCAAAUUGCGUUGCAAAUGAAUAUCGUUAUGAGAAAUUAACAAAUCACCAAAAAAAAGUGCCAGACAUGUCCAGCCACCGUGUACCCAACUGGACAGAAGGAGCGUGUCAGAGCAUGGUCCGCCGAGAUGUAUUUCAUGCCUUACAGUUUGACAUUUUGUUGUUCUGAAUUGUAAACACCUGCCAAAUUAUUUCACCAAGAGGAUGUGUUCGUUUAAAUUCUGUAGAGUUUUCAGUGCUUGUAACAUGUUCUUACAGAGCUCUGUUACUGCUUUGUUUAGCUGGCCUGGAAUUACUUGUACCAAAUCUCUUACCUUCUGAUGUAAAACUAUUUAUUACCUGUAUUAUCUCUUGUGCCCUGUUUCCUAGAGAGAGGAAUUCUGUCAGGAAAGAAUUUGUAUAUUUGAUACUAUUCUUUAAAUGUACUGCUAACCUUUCCUUUCCUUUUGAAGAGAAAUGAAAAGUGUAGAUGCUUUCUAACUGGCUCAUCUAGAUAAACCUAUUUAAUAGGACAUGUACUUUCUGCUUUCAUUUCAAAGCGUAGUCCCUGAAAUUAUAGUAGCAAACAGUUUGCAGAAUUAUAACAUUUCCUUGCUUACGUUACUAUUUCCAAGUUGGGAUGACACAAAGCUGUGAGGACGGUAGCUCAUUGUAUCAAAUCAGGCACAUAAAAAUAACAUAUUGCAUGUGACUUUAGAAUUACUCUUUUAAAUCUUUGUCAUUAAACUGAUCCAGGAACAAAUGCACAGAGUAGCAAAAGGCUGUUGAAGUUAGAUACAUUUAUUUUUCUUGAAAUAGCAUUUUUCAUCAAAAAAAAAAAAAAAAACCCUGCUGCUUUAAUUCCACAUUCAAGUCCAGAUACCUUUUCUCUCUUACAAAUCAAAUAUGGUUAAUUAUGAAAAAAAAUCAAAAUUUACAAAAAAAUAAGGUCCACUUUUGGGCAGUUGUGCCAGAUGGAGGUGUGAGAGAGAAAAGGUCACUUUGGUUUCUGUUCUUAUCGCUCUUAUCGCUAGACACCUCUGAAGGCAGCAGAGUAGAUGACAGGGAACCCCACAGAUCCUGCAUAAGAAACGGGCGGUGGCUUCUCUGUUUUCCAGCUCCGAUUAUGUUGUGCUUCUGUUUUGGCCUCCAGCUGGCUUUCCCAUAUAUUGCAUUUUAUGGAAGUGGAUUUCUUUUCACCACUCUAGAAACACUGGAGUGAAUUUAGAGAAGCUGGCUUUUCCAGAAACUUUACCCCCAGCCAUGCACGCAAACCCAGUCCACCACAAAAUCUGGCCUCUCCAUUCCUUCCCCCAGACUUCCAGAACUGACUCUGGGGUUUCUCUGGUUUGGCCUCAGAUCUGAGUCUGGGUUCCGGGAACUGUAGAGGCAGUUACGACUGCAGAAGCAGUGGGUGACAGAGGGCAGGUGCAUUCUAAGAUGAAGGGGCAUCCUCCUCCCCGCUGUGUCCUAGACCUGAGCACUGGGGGAGCCUAGGGCAGCUGAGUCCACUCUCCUCCCAAGUGCGGUGUGGUCGCUCUGUCUUUUCUAGAAUGAGGUGGCUGCUCUGUGGCGCAGCUCCUGACAUCUGUCAGGAGGGAGUCUCUCUUCAGAUGCCAAGUGACUGGUGGUGUUAAGUUGUAGCAACAUGACACUAGUCACAGGUGAGGACCUGCCAGCCUGUGACUCUUGUGGAGAGGUGUGUCCACCACUUGUCCUCCUCCACAUCAAGGUGUACAAGUCGACUUUGUGAGACCAUCUCGUUCCUUUAUUGGAAAGAGGGCAGGCAGGGCCUACGGUUCACGUUCCAUAGCUCCUAGCCUGUUCUGGGUAAAGCACUCCUGCCGCCCCCGGGGUGACACGUGCUGUGCCCGCCUCCGGGCUGGCAGAGACCAUGCGCAGAUGAGGGAGGCCCUUCUGACCCCACAGAGUGUCCCCUCCUCUUCCCGGGUGCCACCGCCCGCCCAGCAAAUGGGGGCCGCGGCCAGCUAGACAAGCGCCCCCCCACCGGCACCCCCCGCGGGGCCUCACGGACAUCAUGGCCUGUCCCCAGCUGCCUGCCCCCGGCUGUCAUGGUGCCCACCAGGCCUUCCUGUAGGCUUGGCUGCUAAGAUAAGAGAGAAAUGGAUGGAAGGAGAGGGGCUAAGAUUCUUGGGUUUUCUCUUCAGGGGUGGGUCAGGAGGUAGUACGUUCUAACUGCAGUCACGAGGUGAGAUGGAGACAGCGCACCACGAGAUCAGACGAGGCUGGGGGUGGUGGUGGUGCUUUAGAAUAUCUGAGCAAGGAAGCUCAGCGUGCCUUUGAGCUGAGUUUUCAUGUCUCCAAGGCCUUACGAAGUCAGGCUAAAUAUAUAUUUGAAAUCUUUCCUGCUUUAGUAAGUAACAGGCAGGAUAAAACAAAGAUGGGAAGAUGAUUCAAGAAAGGGGAGUCACUGAUACUUGGUGAAGGUUUUCAGGUUGCUUUUGAGCUAAUGCUAGCGCUGAGGCAGUGUCAGCGCAGGUGACUAGAUGUUCAGGAUCACCAAGACACUCAUGUGUCCAGAUGAGUUCUGAAGGGGAAGAUCCCCUCCGGAAAGGAAAAACAGAGCUGUCACUAAAAUUAGUUGCCACUUGGGGUUUCAAUUUUAAUUUUUUGUUUUAAAAAAUAGAUGUCCUUGAAAUAAUUUAUCGAUAUAAUAAAAAAAAAUCAUGUAGCUUUGAAAUAAUUAAAUCCCUCUUUCUAAAAAUCUAUCCAAGGCCACCUCGGUGUGUACUAUAGACUCCUAAAAAUAAUGCAGCCGUUGUGAGGGAUCAAAGUAUUCUGCCUUAGGACGCAGGCUGGCCCCUGCGGCAGGAAACACCAGUUACCACAGCACGGGCUUGCCUCUCUCCACAACUCAGGCCCCAGCCCCAGGCUGGAGCUUGUCUAACACUGGGUGAUAGAGUCAGCGUGUGAUCAGCCUCAUUAGUCAGAUUUUGUAAACUCAAUCCAAAUUCAAACAUUGGAGGGAAAAUAAGCACAAUUUAAAAAUAAAGUGUAAUCUUGACUGUAAUUUCAUGUGUAGUAUAUAUUCAGCCAGCUAAACCAGUAAUCAGCCUCUUUAACAUGUAAAUAAAAAGGUAACGUCACAGUUCACAAAUUCUUCUUCUUCGUUCCUCAAAGCAGUUUGACAUUUACUACUGAUAGGUAGUUUUUGAAAAGUGUGUACCUUUCUUUGUAAAUGGAGAAGCCAUAUCUGAAAUAGUCCAAUAAUGUAAGAGCUUCCAAAGAUUAAAGAAGCACCUAUAUAGCUUCUGCUUUAAACGGAGUAUUUUUAUCUGAUUAUUGGAUGUUAGACCCACAUGGUCUUUACUUACUCUAGGGCUCCCUGCUCGUAUGGCCUAGGCGCUCAGUGAGGAUGACACACAUGUAGCUGAGGGCUUUGAGGCUCUCGUGACAAGAAAGCAUAUCUGAGUUACUAAAUUACUUAAUAUAACAAGCAGGUGGAUACUUUUCUAAAAUACCCGAGUUUAUCUUCUGAAUAAAAUCACUGUCUUACCAAAAAUAUUUUUCAUGUUCUUAAUAAUGAGAUUGUCAUUUUCACUUUAAAAGGCUUGAGCAAUUGCCACUGAUAUUUUUUUAAAAUGCAUGACAUAAUGGACUUCAGACAACUUGAAAUAUUUUUUUUAAAUCACUGUUUCUUGGUAACUGCAAAUUUUACAUCUCAUAAAGGGGAUUUUGUACUAAAUUUAAUAAUCAGUUGAUUUAACUGCUAGUCUUAGAAUAAUAUAAAACUAUGAACUUACACUGUGCUAUAUAGGAAGUCAUUCCUAUUUAGAAUCGCUUUUGCCUGUGAAUCUCACGUCUAUCGGAACGUUUCCCAGAGAGCUCCCCUGAGGCUCCCAUUCGGGAAUGUGAGGCCUGCCUGACAGCUCAUCCUCCUGUUGAGCAUUUGCUUCGCCCACUGGGUUGCCAAUGACAACCCUUGAUCAAUGCAGCAGCGGAAGAGGCUGGUGGCAGGUUCUCUAGGGAGGGGCCCCUGUGGCCUCUCACUGGCUCAGUGGCACUCCUGAGAGAGGUGACCACGAGGGCAGCUCACCUGGAGAAGGUGACCUCGGUGGGGUCACUUCUUCACGACGCCCCAGCGCUGAGAGCCAUGUAGCCAUCGCACAGCCCGCGGCACUGCUGUGUGCCCGGGACAGCUGUCUCCCAGGCUGAGACAGCAUGUGACAGCCACCUUCUUAGCCAGAUGGUUUUGCUACAUGUUGAAUUCUGCAAGGAAAAUCAGCAUUUUGAAUUGGAGACGGUUAACAGCUGUUGCUAAUAUAGAAAAAUGCAGCUUUUUAAAGGCUUUUGGUAAGAGUAGCACUUUUUCCAUUUAAAUUGCUAUGUGACAGAACCUCUGAACCACUAGUUAGGAUAGACCCCUCAGAUAACCAGACACGAAAUACAUGAAACCAUUACCUUAAAAAAAAAAAAGGUUGUCCUCCACUUCGAUACAGUGCUGCUUUUGGAAAUGCAAACCUCGCA